CCUCAAACCUCUAAAAAUCAAUUUUCAAAAAUUUCGGGCCCACACAAGCCAUACCGAGAUGACUCGGAACAAUACAGCCUCAAAAAAAUAGACACAAAAGUCUGGGACGCCUCAAAACCCGGCCGAUUAUGGAACGGUCCCGGCACCUACGAAAUACCCGUCGAACUCUACGCCGAAAACCGCAAACGCCUAAUCGAGCAAAUCCACGCCAAAGAUCCCGGCAAGCCCGUGAUCCUCCUGCAGGGCGGCGACGAAAUCCCCUUCUACGACACGGACAUCACCUACUCCGUCUUCCGGCAGGAAUCCAACUUCUUGUGGACGUUCGGAGUCACCGAACCCGGCUGUUUCGGCGCCAUCGACAUCGCCACCAAGAAAACCUUCCUGUUCGUUCCCCGCUUCCCCACGUCCUAUCUCAUCUGGCGCGGGCCUCUGCCCUCUCUGGAGGACAUCAGCAGGAAGUACCAAAUCCCCAACGUGCAUCAUAAGGACAACAUCGCCUCCAUCCUCCGGAAUCUAAACCCCAGUGUCUUGCUCACCCUCAAGGGGGUUAACAGCGACAGCAACCUGCUGUCCCGGGAGGCGCACUUCGAGGGAAUCGACAAGUUCCGGGUGAACAACACGGUCUUGUACAACGAAAUCGCCAACUUGCGCGUGUACAAGACCGACUUCGAGCUCGAUGUCAUGCGCUACGUGAGCGACAUCUCCUCGGAGGCGCACCGGAAGGUGAUGCGCUUCGCCAAGCCCGGCAAGACGGAGUACCAAUGCGAGGCGGAGUUCCUGCACUAUUGCUACGCCACGGGGGGCUGCCGGCACACCUCCUACACGUGCAUCUGCGCCUCGGGGGCCAACGGGGCCAUCCUGCACUACGGGCACGCCGCCGCCCCCAACAACAAGAUGAUCGAGCCCGGGGACUUGUGCCUCUUCGACAUGGGGGCCAACUACUUCGGCUACUGCGCGGACAUCACGUGCACGUUCCCGGCCAAUGGCAAGUUCUCCCCGAGCCAGAAACUCAUCUACGAGGCGGUGCUUCUGACCAAUACGACCGUUUUCAAGUCGCUGAAGCCGGGGGUUUCCUGGCUGGAGAUGCACACGCUGGCGCACCGCGUCCUGCUGGGGGAGCUGAAGAAGGGGGGGCUGCUGAAGGGGGACGUGGAGGCGAUGGUGGCGGCGGGGCUGGGGGGCGUGUUCCAGCCGCACGGGCUGGGGCACCUGCUGGGGCUGGAUGUGCACGACGUCGGGGGGUUCAUUGGGGCGAAGCGGUCGGAUUUGAAGGGGGCGGCGAUGUUGAGGACGACGAGGGAGCUGAAGGAGAGGAUGGUGAUCACGGUGGAACCGGGGUGUUAUUUUAUCGAUGUUUUGCUGGAUGAGGCGUUGGAGAGUGCGGCACUGUCUAGGUUUCUGGUGGCGGAUGUUAUUAAGCGGUUUCGGGGAUUUGGAGGGGUUAGGAUUGAGGAUAAUGUUCUGAUUACGAAAAAUGGGGCUGUUAGUUUGACCAAAGUGCCGAGGAGUGUGAAGGAGGUGGAGGAUUGGAUUGCCGGGAAAGAUAGCAAGACGUAUCAUUAAAUUUCUUGUAUUUACGUAUUUUAAUAAAAAAUUUAAUUCAAAAAAAUA